GAAAGGAUAUGCCUUUAUUGUAAGACCAAUGGUCCUUCUUCUUGUGGUAUAGUUUUAUCAUAUAUAUAGGUCCAGUUUUUCUUCAAUAACUAAGAAAUUUGAUACCUUUUUAAAUUACUAUAGAAGAAGAGUUUGAGACAUGUUUUGUUUUUCUUCCUCGUAGUGAUUUUCUAUAUGAUAGUUCGAAAUGAAGAUGUGAAAGCAAAGAAGGAGGCAUGUCUUUCAGUGGGUUAGGUAUUGCUUUAAGCCUUGUAUUUGGGUGCCUUGUACUGGCUCUGGUUGCAGCAGUGCUUUGCUAUAUGUUGUGGUGGAAGAAAAGAAGAACCCACACAGGAAUUGGAAUAAAUCACGGCAAUGAUGUAAAGGGGAUGAAGCUUUUUGGAUUUUGUUGGAAGACACCAUCCACCACCAAUCGAGUGAGUGUGACCAAUGACUCAGAAAACGAAAGUCAUGAACCAGACUUGGAGUUAGGUACCGGAAAAGAUUUAUUGCUGAAGGCCUUUGGAGGAGAAGGAGUAGAAUCAGAAUUGAUGAGGCUGCACAAUCUUGCUGGUCCACCAAGAUUUUUGUUCACAAUCAAAGAGGAAACCAAAGAAGAUUUGGAGUCUGAAGAUGGAAAGUCAAGGGGUGAUAGGAGCAGAAAAGGGUCAAGAACAAGGAGCUUGAGUGAUCUUAUGGUAACAAUUGAUACCCCUUUCCUUAACUCAAUGGCUUCCUCACCGUUGAAGUUUGAUUCUUAUAAGCACCAAGGGUUCAAUCCUCUCUUUGAAUCAUCAGUAGAGUCAGAACUCAGCAGAUUUAGAUCUUCACCGCCUCCAAAGUUCAAGUUCCUGAGGGAUGCAGAGGAGAAGUUGUAUAGAAGAUUGAUUGAAGAAGCUAAGAGAAAGGCACAAAUGAAUUAUGGGUCUGUACCAGAAAUUGAGUUAAAAGAUUCCCCUAAUUCAAUAACGGUGAUAGAUGACAUAGACAAGUCCUCUCUUAGGUUCAUUAACAACAAAGAGAAAGAGCAGAUAGAGCUUCAACAACAUCUACCACAGUUUCCUUCAAGUUCAUCUCAGGUUCUUCCCUUAGAGUCUUCUCCUACAACAUUAAGACCAGUUCAGAAGGCAUCCAUGGUACAUUAGAUUUUCAAACUUCUAGAGGCCUCUGAUAGAUUUUUUCUUCCCUUCACAUGUUAAUUAAUUUAUCUUAAUGAUUUCUGAGCUAAUUUUUAAUGUUUUACAAAAGCAUUGGUUCUUUUUUUUCCCACCCUCCUUGUGUGCUUUGAAAUUAUUGGGAUGGUCAAUAUGUUGCAAAAUUUGCUCAUGGCAUGCCAACAAACCAAAUGCAGAGUAACAUGCUCUUAAACCGUUUAACAUGAAGUUAUUAUUGAGCAGAACACUUGGUGGGGCAAUGGGUUCUUGUCAAUUUUCUAAGUUGCUGCGUCAUUAUGACCUUAACCAGUUAAUCAUUCAUGUGAAUGAUAGUUGUUUGCUACCAAUUUUCUUUAUUUAAAAGGCCUCAAUGAUUUAAUCCUCUCUUUUAUAGAC